AUGGAGGCGGGGGCAUUGUGCUCAAAGUGGCUAGUGCCGUCCGUGGUGGAGGGCAGUGGAGGUGGGGGAGCAGGAUCCAUGGUGAGGGAGGGAGGCGCUGUGCAUGCGGCACAUUGGGCGGGCGGGGGGUCGGGACGGACAGAAGAGGUGUGGGUGGGGAUCGAGACGAUGACGGCUUUGUUUCCCUCCUACGAUGAAGACCAGGAUGUCCAGUCCAGGAUGCUCAUCCUGGUGGACAUAGAAACCGGUGAAAACUUGGCUAUACCAAAGGAACUAUGGAUUGCACAUCAUCUAGCAGAGCAGAAAUUUGCUGAUUCUAGGCAACGCAGUGCUAUCAUAGCAGAAAUUAAUUAUUUGAUGAGUGAAUAUAAAAAGGAACAAAGGUCAGCAAAUCCCUCAAUGCCCUCUACAUGGGAUUCACAGCAGCCAACGAAACAUAAAAAGAGGAAGAGGAAGCGCAAGAAAGAGGAGCAGGAGCACCAUGAGGAAGCACAAGACAACCAGCAGCAGCAGGAACAGAAUGAAAACAAGUUAAUUCAAGGAAAGCAACAUCAGCUGCAUCAACAAGAAAAUAAGGCGCAAGUGACAGAGCAGCAGCAUAUGAAACCGCCAGGGCCAGCUACCGACACCUGCUGUUCCUCUGGUUCUGAAUGUGGCUCAGAUCCAAUACUUUGGGCGUCCACCUUACGCUGCUAUGCCUGGAGUUCAGAAUUACCCUGCCCAGCCAGGUUGGCCUAUAGCUCAAGGAAGACCAUUCGUACCGCAAUUCAGAUCACCUCAGUAUAUGGGUCUGCCAUUUAA